AUGGUUCUAACCUGGGCACGAUGCUGGUGUUUCCCCAAACUUGAAGCUUUAUCCCAUAUAACGGAGGACCAAAAGAACGCCAUAAUGCAGAGACUAGAGCAUUGCUGUUUCGAGUCAACCUGGGAUGGUCUUUUGGCACGUCUCACUCCUUUGCAAGCAGAGAAGAUUGCCAGCGUUAUCAUGGAAUGUUUUUUGUGGAAUGCAGUCGUUUCCCUAUACGAAGAAAACCAAUUUUGGUUUAUUGACGGAGGUUUCAGCCCGGAAGAUGAUCAAGGACAAGAGAGCUUUACUCGUGGUCUCAACCACCUUUAUGAGAGAUUUUAUUCGACCAAUCCAAUCGAAGCUGCCUACUGGAGAUCUGAGACCUGGCAACUCGCAAUUCCAUGUAGCUGGGCCCAAGCUAGUGAUCGCACGCUUGAAACCUCUGAAAACCAACGACAAAAAGAGCUUUUGAAAUCAUUCAUCGUCAUCGAUGAAUUUCUGACCCAAGAUAUAUUCAUUCAUCGUGGACAUGUACAAUUCAGGUGGAAACGUGGAGUUCCCGAACGAUUUCACUCGCGUGACCAAUUCCAGGAAGCGCAUUAUCUCCAUGGCUGGAUUCAUGACUUCCAAGAAGGUCAGCAUGAUGGCUACCCAGUCAUCCUGGUUGUUAUCCCUGAGAUUGUUGUCACAUGGAAUGGGAUAUGGAAGAGCACAUUUAAAGAACUUACCUACUGCGAAUCCCUUGUGCUGCUAGAAGAUACUAAUGCUCAUGAAAUGUCUACACUGGUCGACCCCUCGGGUGACUACCAUAAGCUCGUUGAUGAACUUAACGAUGUUUAA